GUUUCAUUCUGAUUGGUCUCUGGGUGAAUAUUUGACUUGUGUAGUUUAAUGCAGCCCGUAAUAAACAUCUAGUCUGUUUUCCUUCAACUCAUCAUGACCUGCAGCACCUCUGAGAAGCUCAAGUAUCUGUGAAGUAUUUUUAGGUUUGGCAGGGCGAUGCAAAAAACCCAAUACCUGUUUUCACAAUGUGAUACCAGGAGCACAAAGUUAAACUCUGGACAACCUUGCUGUUACCAGGAUGGGCUGAUAAAUCUUCAAGCACAAUUAAAAUUUCACCUUUUGAGGAUGACUGGCACCUGCGAGUAGAUGCACCACGCCUCACUGCAUUCUGCUGCUCUCGCAGAAAACGGGACGCCCGCGUCAGGCUAUUUACAGAUAAUGCUGAGCAAGAGAAAGUUCCCACAGCUGAAAUGACACGAAGAGAGCAACCCAUUCGCCUGUAAAGUGCUUCUGAUUAAUGCAACCUGCAACAAAAAAUGGAAAUGAUGGAAAUAAUGGAUCCAGAGAGCCAGAUGACAGCACUGUUGGACGACACUCUGGCAGAAGAACAGCUAAACGACGAGCUGGAGGAUCUGAGCAACAGUUUGAGAGAGGUGGUCCAGGAUGGUGCGGUCAAGCCGAAGCUCCACUGCCUGAUGAUGGAUCCGUCCUUCUCGAUGGUGACGGUCCAGAGCGAGGACAGCGGGAUCGUUUGGGAAACCGCUUCCAGCCGCUGCUCAACACCCUGGGCCUCCGAGUUCAACUCGCUGGCCUCCGAACCCGGAUACAGCUGCUGCGGCUCCGGAGCGGCCGGCAGGAUCGUCUUCAUUAUGGACGAAGAACUGAUGAGCCGAAGAAAGAGGAAGCCAAAAUCUGAGAAAUCAAAGAUGCUUCCUCAGGUCAGCCACGAGAUCCUCGCUGAAGCAGAGAGACCAGCCAUGGUGGAAGUGUCCCUGCCGAAUGUGACACGGGAAGAAGGAACAGACGAACACAAAACAGCUGAUCUGAGAGAAGAAAAGCACCAGCGUUUGUUCAGUCUCGUCUCUGAAGGAUCUGAGAUACUAAACAUCAUCGCUCCGCCGAGAGUCUCCACCGUGGAUGAAGAGGAGAGCAAAGGUCUGGAAGAUAACUUGUAUUACCUCGAGGAGACGCCUGCUGUGAAAUCCGCAGAGAUCCUGGACGAACCUGAGCUGGACUUUGAGACUGUAGAGACGGAGAAGAACGUUUUAUUGAUACCAGAGCCUGUUGUCCCGUCUAUCCAAAUAUCCCGAAGAGGACAGACGACCGAGGACUACUUUGAGAAGUUCACGCUCCUUGACCAUCAAGCUCCAUCAGGAGCAGCACCAGUAGAAGAAGCCCAACGGGAGACAGAGGACAAGGUCACAGAAGAAGAUGGUCCUGAAGCAGAACCAGGACCUGGACUUUCUGGAGUCUCCUCAGCUGUGAGUAUGCUAGACAUUUCUGGCGAACACUUGGACGAUGUGUUUUACGGCGGAGGGAGCGAGCCACCUACUGCUGCAAGUGUUAGUGAAAAGGAAAGAGAGCUUUCCAGAUCCUCUCUGAAGGAAAGCGGAAGCGCCUUGUUUGGAAGCGAGGAGUCGGUUCUCACUCCCAUAUACCUUCCCGAAGGUCCUCUGAAAAUCAUCGACCCCAAUUUGCUCGAGGAGCCCAAAGCCUUGGCGUUUCUCUACUCGGACCUGUACGCAGACGCCGUCGGUACCAGAAAGAAGCAGGACGAUGACGUCGAGAGCGUGACCUCCGAGAAAUCCUUCCACAGUCAAGCGUCCGACUCUGAGGACAGAGGCUAUCUGGAGAAGUUUGUGCUCAAGGUUGAGACUCUGGCUGACGUUGUUCCUGAGAUAAGCCCAGAGGAACGGCAUGACCCUUCCAGACUCGCCGGGUACAUGGAACACCACAAAGAAGAAGUGGACAAUCAGGCAGAAGAGCAGGAAGAGAUCACGGAUUUCUUUAGGAACAGUGCAUCUUCAUCGCCCUGUGAACCUGUCGACUUCGAGCAGCUGGAGAAAGAGGAAAAGAUCGAAGCUGUCAGGACGCCUCGGGUUACUUUCAAAGAUGAAGCGCCAAAGAAUAAACCCAAUCAUCUACCGUUGGCUGACGACACAGAGUUUUCAGAUGAGUUUUUACCAGUUGAAAUAAGCGAGGAUUGUUUGGCGUGGGAGGAAAACUUGCAGACGGUUGUCAGAGCUGCGGUAAAAUCAACUUCAACACGCACAAAUGAACUAAGACAAAAAACAAAGUCAGUAAGCGAUAAAAGCUCUCCAGCACCAAUCCAAGCCCAAAACACAGUCAGACCCAUAAUUCCACACCACAAACCCUUCCUGGAUCUGAGCCUGCUGCUGCGCGUCCAGACCGAGGACAAGACCGAAACAACAGAGGCAGAGAACACAAGCGCUGAUGCCUCAUUCAGCACCAAAGCAGCAGCAGAGGUCAGCAAUCAGGACUGUUCGAUCCCCGGAGAACUUCCCGACGUGACGGACUCCAGAGGAGAGAGCCGUGAUGAUAGAAAUCUCACAAAUCUGCUGCAUGAGGACGCUGCUGAAGCUCCAGCUGCUUCGAGCAAGUCUGAUUGGCAUUUGAGCCUUGCUGAUUCGCUGGCUUGACAACGAGUGAUCCGUAAGCAUCUGCGUCCAUCCUUCAACAAAACAGAAAACGAGCAGAACAUUAUCAGGAGUCUCUAUGUCUGUCGUGAUGCAUCUGAGAGAUUCAAAUGGAAAAACAGAUAAAUAUGAUAGGCAGUUCCUGUACAGUAUACGGCUGUAGAAGCCUAUGAUCUGUGUUUGUGAGAGUGUAUGUACAGAUUACAACUUAGCCUACCUCAACAGCUGAAAACAAGUAAAUUACUUAAAAAAACGUAACAUGUAUCUGUGCUUAAAUGAUGUACAUAUGGUUAUAAUAGUCACUUCUCUGAGUAAAACCAUGCAGUCAGUGAUGCUGCUCAGGCUUCAGCAUAUGUACAUAUGUACUUCAUUUAAAAAUAAUCAGUCACAAA